AUGGCGGCGCCCGUAACAAGAACGCUAGCGUCGUUCCAACGAACGUCAUGGAGCGCUUUGAAGGCUCAAGAAACAUCAGUGUGUGCACUGUGGCACCCCAUCCCGGUUUUUGUACCUGUGCGGACCAAGAAGCGUUACUUCAUCCCCCCAGCCGCAGGCGUAAAGGGCAAGCACGACGUUAACCCGGAGGCCAAGGCCCGUGCAGCUGGUGUCGUGUUCCGGCAGCAGUACAUGGAAAGGGCAAUCAACAUCGCCUGCUCAGCGGGAAUCUUUGACCCUUAUGUCCCUCCUGAAGGCGAUGCCCGUCUUUCGUCUUUGUCCAAAGAAGGCUUGAAGCAGCGCACAAUGCAGCUUCAGCAGAGCGCCGCAUCGCAACUGGCUAUUCGUAAAAUUAAGGAGUUUGACUCGGAGUUCUCCUCCAAAGAUUUUGCUACACGAGCCCAGGAAAUUUUCAUCGAGGCUCACAACACUCUGUGCAUAUUCAAUAAAGAGAAGCUUCACUCACUGGUGACAGAGCGAUGUUACCCGGAGAUGACGCGAGGCAACCGCUACAAGAGCUUGCGCUGGCGCUUUGUGGAGUCGCUGGAAGCGCCCCGUGUCGUCCACGCCCGCAGCACUGACAUGGUUUCUAAGGGCAACCUGUAUGGCCAGGUGACGGUCCGCAUGCACUCCAGACAGACUCUGGCUAUUUACGACCGUUUCGGACGGUUGAUGCUAGGCAGCGAAGAUCAUCCCAAGGACGUAUUGGAGUAUUUAGUCAUGGAGCGGCACCUGGUAAACCCCUACGGAUGCUGGCGACUUCAUGGGAAGAUAGUGCCAGCUUGGGCCCCCGCCAAGGACCCCAUCAUUAAGACUGUCAUGAUACCCGGCCCAAAGCUGAAGCCAGAGGAGGAAUUCGAUGCUCUUAACUACCAAGUUCCCAAAGUGGAGGCAGUGCAGUGGUCCAAAUAA